UUGGCCAUUUUUUCUGAACUGGUGAUGCUGGCCGGAGGAGAGCUGCUGGACGCGGUGGGCGCAGGGCGAAGGUGCUGCUGCUGCUCAGUGGGUGGUGCCAACCAUCCCCUGGCGGUUAGUGAUGAGGAGGAGCUAUGGAGCAGAUGUGAACUCUUAAACGUGUCGUUCAAGCUAAAGUUUGACACAUCGUGGAAGCUGUGCACGUGCGGGGUAAUUUUUUUAUCCGUCGUGAAGGUGAGGCAAAGCGAGCCCGGCGCUAGCGAGGCUAUCUGCCUGUCUCGCGCUAGACAUUUUACAGCACGAGAUCACUCCCCCCCCCCCUCCCGGAGCAGCACACCUUGGAUUCCAUGGCUGUUUAAAACCUCGGCCUCCCUGGGAUGUCCUACUUUUUCUUUUGUUAGCUCCAGUGUUGUCCCCUUUAUUUGUGCCCCUUUUUUCUUAAACUCCCUUAUUCCUUCACCGUCUCCUGUUUGCCCCGUUCGUCAUUUUCCCCGUCUCUGGGAGUUCCUCAGGAUGGUUGCCGACGUGGACUCGGCAUCCGUGGGCAGCGGGAUGCGCCUGAAGCAGGAGAUUUCCCUCCUCCACGGGGUCUGUUUGAUAGUGGGAAAUAUGAUUGGUUCUGGCAUCUUUGUCUCGCCAAAGGGAGUUCUUAUGUACACGGGCUCUUUCGGCCUGUCUCUGAUAGUGUGGGCCAUCGGAGGGGUAUUUUCUGUGUUUGGAGCUUUAUGUUACGCUGAGCUCGGAACAACGAUCCGUAAAUCCGGUGCCUCCUACGCCUACAUUCUGGAAGCUUUCGGGGGCUUUUUAGCUUUCAUUCGAUUAUGGACGUCCCUGAUGAUCGUAGAGCCGGCCUGUCAGGCGGUCAUCGCUUUAACCUUCUCCAAUUACAUGGUCCAGCCCUUCUACCCCACCUGCACAGCCCCAUACCACGCCGUCCGCCUCUUCGCUGCUGCCAUCAUAUGUUUGCUGACUUGUGUCAACUGUAUGAAAGUGAAAUGGGGAGCGAUUCUUCAGGUCAUCUCCACCGUCGCAAAAGUCAUCGCCCUCAUCGUCAUCAUCAUCACUGGCCUGGUUAAGCUGGGCCAAGGUUUUGACCAGAACUUUGAGAACUCAUUCAAAGACUCCAGACUGGAUCCUGGUGACAUGGCCUUGGCCCUCUACUCGGCUUUGUACUCCUAUUCUGGAUGGGAUACACUCAACUUUAUCACAGAGGAGAUCAAAAACCCAGAGAGGAACCUGCCCUUGUCCAUCGCCAUUUCCAUGCCCAUCGUCACGGUGAUCUACAUUUUGACUAACAUAGCGUACUAUGUGGUCAUGGACGCGGACACGGUGCUCAACAGUGAAGCUGUCGCUGUGACGUUUGCUGACGAGGUGUUGGGCUGGGCUCGAUGGUUCAUCCCCAUUUCCGUGGCCAUUUCCUGUUACGGCGGCCUCAACUCCUCAAUCAUUGCUGCCUCAAGGUUGUUUUUUGUUGGUUCCAGAGAAGGUCACCUGCCCAACAUCCUCUGCAUGAUCCACGUAAAGCGCUACACGCCCAUCCCUGCCUUGCUGUUCAAUGGUGCCAUGUCGCUGGUUUACCUGAGCGUACCGGACGUCUUCCGGUUAAUCAACUACUUCAGUUUCAAUUACUGGUUGUUCAUCGGCCUGUCGAUUGCCAGCCAGAUCUACCUUCGCUUCAAAGCGCCCGACAUGCACCGACCAGUGAAGUUGUCCUUGUUCUUCCCAAUUGUUUACUGCUUAUGCAGCAUAUUCCUGGUGGUGGUUCCCCUCUACAGCGACACCACCAACUCUCUUGUCGGCAUCGCCGUGGCGCUCUCCGGUGCCCCCGUGUACUACAUCUGCAUCCACCUGCCCCCCAGCUCUAGACCGGCCUUCCUGGGAAAAAUGUUGGAUCAAAUGUCUCUCUUCACCCAAAAGCUGUGCAUGUGCUGCGUGGCCUCUCCGGAUAUUGAUCUUGACAACAUAGACCCCGAAAAGAUUGAGUGAUACUGUGACAAAAGAGCUCCAGGAAAAGUUCCGUAUGGAGGAUUAAUGGCCAGGAUUUUGAAUGAAGAUUGUCCAAAAAAGAAAUUUAAAAAGAAGGAUGGAGAGGAGCAGAUGAAAGGAGUGAAACGCACUUCUUUCUUUCUGUUCUCAACAAACAGGAUUUGUGACAUGGGGACACACACAUCCAUACUCUGCCACUCCCACAUCAGCCAUCUGCAGCCCCGAGUGUUUUAAUAUAGAGUUUAAGUGUCGCCUGUGGGGGGGGUGGCAGCAGCAAAGUCGGUACAGGAAAUGUUUGAGACCCAAAGAACAGAACGACAAAUAACAGAACCACAAAGCAACGUUUGCACCGCUUCUUAUAUUCAGUUAUUUGGUUUUCCAGAAAGCUUUAAUUUGCUCCGUUGCCAAAUUCAAGGACCAAAAUGAACUGCUUCAGAGUUUUUUCAUAUUGCAAUUUAAACUUUGAAAAAAGAUAUUAUUCAAAAAUUCCUGUUCACUUCUAGAAGUUUUUUUGUUUUUUCCUGGUUUGUGUUAACCCAAAAACUACGUUGGCGCCUCUGUUUAGGGGAAAAGAGGUUUUUGCUGCUGUAAAUGACCACUGAUUUCCGUUCAAAUGCAGCAUGUGACACGUUUUCCUCUCUGAGCCAAACCGUUUUCAGACGCCUCCUAGUGGCAGCUAAUCUUACCGUCCAUCAUCCAUUUGUUUAAGUUGCGCCUGUUUGUUCGGUUUUUGGGUUUUAUUGUUCUUGUCUUUGUCCAUUUACUGACAAGUGACAGCCAUUUAAGCAGUUUCAAUAUGAGAAAUAUACCAAUUAAUGACUUUACUGGACCAUUAGUUUAUUUUUUUUGUUCGUUUUUUUUAAAGUAAACCUCAGGAUCGGCUCAUGCCGACUUGUCCCACCCCAGACACUUAUCUCCAAAGAUUAUAUCACAGAUAAAUAAUUUAACCUUCUGUUGCCUUUAUUUAAAACGUUUUUUGAAUGCAUCACCAGUUUGCCCUGAUACUUCUUGUAGAAAUGCCCUUCACUGGACCUGAUGUUUGACUGUGGUGAGCUCGUAGCAGAGCGUCCGGUUCCUGAUGAGGAGCGUCCAGCUGCCGGGAUGUUGGCCUUCGUGAACUGUAUGUGCCUUCCGCAAACGUGGCGAAAGGCCCUAGCUGUUUCUGCCGUUACAAUCCCGUAUUCGUCGGUACACCUUGAGCACAAUAAUGCGCACAGUGCUAUAGUUUCUCCCAAACUUUUUGUAUAGCUCAUAUAUAUAGUCUGUUGUCAUCCCGUCCUGAUAAUUUCCAUAACGCCAGCUCACAUAAGGACAUAUUCUGUUUUUCUUGCUGUAGUUACUCUGCAUUCUUCAAUCAAAUCACUCAAACCAAACUAGUUGGCUCUGUGCGCAGUUUUAAAGUAAAAGGAACCUGUAUUUUUUUCCACAUGUCUUAUGAACUAUUACUCAAAAACACAGGGAGUGAAUGUUGCAAUAUGUUGUACUUGUUGUUUCAUCAGUUACCAAAUGUUUGAAAAAAAAAAAAAAAGGUUUAUGGAAACAAGUGCUUGAAACAUUGACUUUUAUUUAUUAUAUUUUUGGAUAUGGACAAAACAAAUGAUAAAUUGUUCAGUGGUGGAAGUCAGGAGACUAGUGUGUGUUGAUUUUAUCCAAAUAAAGUCAAAUACAGUGCA